GUCAUAUGACCAACUGCAACCGCGGAAGAGUAAGGCAACAAAGCAGGCUGGCUAACUUCCGUAUACCCUUUUCAAUUCAAGCGUAUGCACUUUAGUUGUUGUAAUGUAGAUGAUUAGCCCAGCCAGACGAGGUGAAAUAGCGUAUGAGUCACUAUUUCGGAUUGUCGAAAAUAAGCUUAGCACUUGGCUAUCUAAAUUGAGUUAAUUUCUUCAUAUGAGAGUAUCGGCUUGUCUUGUCAACAGGUGUACAUGUCCUAACAUAUUGUCCUGCAGAAAACUGAAGAUGUCCGCAAGUGUCCGAUUAUUUUUGUCAGUAGUCUGCUGUAUGGUCGUUGUAUGUGACUCAAGUGUGCUCCUUACAGCCCCAGGGACUGUAGAUAUGGAGCAGGGGUCAUCUAAAAACAUUACCAUACAUUCAAGUGCUCCUUUGAAUGUCACUGUUACCAUCCAUUUCAACAUCACCUAUGCAUCGAAAAAUGUCACUACGAUUAUUGGACUGCCCAAACAGGUUUUUCUUCCAGCUGAAAGUACCUCAGCUCAGUUUGAGGUCCUGUCAAAAGAUGUAGGUCAAGUCACUGCCUACUUGUACAGCAAUGAUACAGAAAUAUCCAGUCUUACAACAAGGAUCAGAUUUCUGAUGGUCAGAAGUAGCAUUCUUGCAAUAAUCGAUCAAGUUAUUGGCUGGAUCUACUUUGUGGCAUGGUCCAUUUCAUUCUAUCCCCAGGCAUAUGAAAACUGGAAACGGAAGAGUGUUGUGGGCCUGAACUUUGAUUUCCUCGCACUCAAUCUGACAGGAUUCUUUGCCUAUAGUGUCUUCAAUGUGGGCCUCUUCUGGGUGCCGUACAUUAAAGAAGAGUUCUUGGAAAAGGAACCAAAUGGAGUGAACCCUGUGGAUGCCAAUGAUGUAUUUUUCAGCCUCCAUGCAGUACUUCUGUGUUUGGUGUAUAUCUGCCAGUGCGUGAUGUAUGAGAAAGGAGGGCAGAAAGUGUCGAAGGUGGCCAUGUUCUUACUAGCUGUGGCCUGGACUUUUGCGCUAGUCUCCCUCUUCGUGGCCGUAGCUGGAAAGAUAACCUGGCUGGAUUACCUGUACUUCUUCUCCUACAUAAAACUGGCUGUCACUUUGGUCAAGUACAUCCCUCAGGCCUACAUGAACUAUCAGAGGAAGAGUACAGAAGGCUGGAGCAUUGGCAAUGUGCUGCUAGAUUUUACUGGAGGCAGUUUCAGCAUCAUUCAGAUGUUCCUGCAGUCUUACAAUAACGAUAAAUGGAGACUAAUUUUUGGAGAUCCCACAAAGUUCGGAUUGGGUUUGUUGUCCAUAUUUUUUGAUGUGGUGUUUAUUUUUCAACACUAUUGCUUAUACCGGACGGCAGGAUCACAGUAUGAACCAAUGCAAGACCAAGAGUAAGACCGACUGACGUUUACUUUUCUUUUACAUACCACAAAGACCUUGUCAUGAUUUUUUCUAAAUUUGUAAGUUAGUUAGUUUAGUGUUAAAUUUAAACUCCAGUCUCAUCUUAAGCCACAAAUUGACCGUGAAUAUUCUUCUUGGUACUACCACAUGUAUGAAUCCUCAAGUGAAUAAGAACAUGUUAUAUACUGAGAUAUACUCCUGAUUUUUAUCAAAAUGUAAACUCAAAUUUUGAAUUUUAGAUUUGAUUCACAUAUCAAGAAAAUUCGAUAUAUUUUUACAGGCGAUCAAUUGUCCAUGUUUUCUUAUAUUUGUAUUCCUAGGUCAUAACGUCACAAAUGUCACAAAUGGUGUUUGUCUGUGUUUUUGUAGUUGUUUUCAAAUAAAAGGGAAAACUUUAGAGUAAGGUA